CUCUGAGACAGGAACUGACGUCGUGUCUCUGGUUGGAUGGAUACAGUUCCAGCAGCAGGAAAAUGGCUACAUCGGUCGCUCACUCUGUAAGAAUCUUGAACGGAGUCCAUUAAGAAUCCAUCCACAGCAGCACUGCGCUUUAUUCAUGGCACCUGUUAGUUGACACAAUGGCCCAGAUAUCCAGUAGCAAUGGGUUCCAGCAGAGUCUGUCCACCUCACCCGGGGCAAACAGGCCGAAGAAUGUUGUUGGGAAGGAGGAGGCCCUGCAGAUGGAAGCAGAUGCUUUAGCCAAGUUGCAGGAGAAAAGGGCUGCAUUCACUGUUGCUGCUAAGGCCUGUAAUAGUGCAGGCCAGAAGGCAUCUUCCACGCACAGGCCAGAGAAGGACCUCAUCGUCUUCCCCGAGUCAGAGGCCAAGAAACAGUCGGAGAGAGAUACAUUUCAGGACAUUGACGUGGAGAAGCUCACAAACAAGGAACUGGAGAAGCUGUUAUUGGAUGACAGCUUUGGUAAAAACAGUAAAGAAUCCAGGCCUUUGACUUUACCAGGAGCAAGUGGGUUGAGUUCCUCGUUUUCAGGUCGGUCUUUCAGCCCCUCUCCAUUCCACGCUGGUCAGUGGACUCCUGGGCUCUCGCAUCCCACAAACUCGCCUCUGCCUGGUCCCGUCAUCCGGUCCUCCAUUUUCCCUUCCGCGCCUUUCCCUAAACAAGUGUGCUCUUUCCAGAAUGGUUUUAACCCAGGGAUGCCUGCUUUCAGGGCCACUGAGCCGUUGUAUCUUGGCCUGUCGGCUCAGCCCCACUACAUGGCCUUCCCUGUCCAACCUGCAGCAUCUUUGCACUCAGCAGGGGUUAUGCCUAUGUACCAACCAGCUGUAACUCCAGAGAUGGCAAAGCUGUUUGACAAAAUAGCCAGCACCUCAGAAUACUUGAAAAAUGGGAAAUCCACCAGCACAGACUUGGAAUUUGCCAACGUCAAGUCCAUAGCUCCGAAACCCCUGUCCUCGGAAUGCACAAACAUUAGUAAAUUUGAGUGGCUCGAUCUGGACCCUCUUAGCAAACCAAGGACAGAGACUGCAGAGGCCCCCAGGAGUAAGGAAGGAGCUGGGAGUUCAGAGCCAAACGCAGCCGGUGACCCCUGGGACGCUGUGCUUCAAGAUGAGGGCCCAGCUGAGCCCUGGAGCAGCUCCCCAACAGCCACGGCUCAGCCCAGCAGGCCUGCUGUUGCCACUAUCACCCGGAGCCACUCCCUAAAUAUUCCACCUAAAACUUUCCAACAGGGCCAGACCACACAGUGUGACAAGGGAAUGGGGACUGCAACAGGGAAGUAUAAUUUUCUUCAAGAAACGGAGGCACAAAAUGAAGAGGUGGUCGAUUUCUGUGAAGAAAUUGCAAAAUUGAGGUCCAGAUUCCCUCAUGAGGAUGUGACCACUAACCCGGGCUAUGUUUUAAGCCCAGUGAUUCUUCAGAGAGAUAUGAGUGGUGAAAAUGCCAGUGUCAAAGUGUGCAUUGAAAUUGCUGACUCUGAGCAACCAGUCACUUUUACCUGUGACGUGAGUUCCCCGGUGGAGCUGCUCAUAAUGCAGGCCCUGUGCUGGGUCCAUGAUGACUUGAACCAGGUUGAUAUUGGCAGCUACGUGCUGAAGGUCUGCGGCCAAGAGGAAGUACUGCAAAAUAAACAUUGCCUGGGCAGUCACGAAUAUAUUCAGAACUGUCGAAAAUGGGAUACCGAGAUUAAGCUGCAGCUCUUGUCUCAGAGCACUGUAUGCAGGGAUCUUGCUCGUACGGCUGAAGAUGAUACUUCCCCCAUUGAUUUGGAAAAAUACCUGUGCCAGGUGGAAAGGCCUUUUAAGGAGAUGAUCACAAGACAAUGCCUUAUUGACUACUUGGACGCUUACCAUAGUUCGGUUCAGGUCUGCCUCCAGAAUGAAAAUAACCAGUACAAAACGGUGGAGCAAUUGAUGAACACUGUGAAGACCCUGUGCUGUGUGUUAUAUGAAGUAGAGACAAAGGCCGUCACGGACGCAGUGAAGAAAGUGAAGCGCUCUGUUAAUCUCCCGAGAACCAAAAACCCGGAGGGCACUACAAAAUCUUCAGAUGGUUCAGCAAACAGUUCCUGCAGCCCUGUUGAGGAGAGUAUAAACGGACUAACAAGUGCAGUGUAUAGCCUUGUGCAGCUGUACCUCAAGUCAUUCAGCAGCGCAGUCUCACAGGCCCCUGUGAAUAGGCAGAAAGAGGCCAGAAGCACAAAAGAAGCCUCUGGGACCACAGAGCAUAUCCAGUUUACACUGUUUGCAGUUCAUGGCAUUACAGCAGCAUGGGUCAGCAGUUUUGAGAAGUACUACAUACUGUGUUCUCUGACCCAUAAUGGAAGGAAUUUAUUUAAACCAGUCCAAUCCAAGAAAGUUGGAACAUACAGGAAUUUCUUUUACAACAUUAAAUGGGAAGAACUGAUACAGUUUCCUAUCUCAGUUGCGCUCUUGCCUUUAGAGUCAAUGUUAAGCCUGUCUUUGUAUGGAAUCCUAAACCAGAAUGCAAGCAACUCGCCCGAUUCCAACAAACAGAGAAAGGGACCAGAGCUUCUCGGGAAAGUGACCAUGCCACUCUUUGACUUUCGGGGAGUGCUGGCAAGUGGAACUAAGCUUCUCAGUCUGUGGACGUCUACAGUGGUCGCCCCAGCUGCUACAGGGAAUAGGAAAGGGAAUGCAAUCGAUAGAACAGUGCUGCAGGUUGAUUUCCCGAGUCCUGCUGUUGACAUUCUGUAUGUUGGGCCACAGCCUCCCAGCAGACCUGACCCACAGGCCUUGGAAACCCUAGAUCCUGAGGUUACAGCACGACUUGAAAAACUGUGCAGCAAAGCUUCUACAUUUGGGCUCACCAGGGCUGACAGGCAGCUCUUGUGGGACAAACGACAUCACUGCCAGACCUACGAGAACAGCCUACCAAAGAUCCUGGCGAGUGCACCCAGCUGGGACUGGGGAAGCAUGGUCGAAAUACACUCCCUCUUGCACCACUGGCCCCCACUGUCGUCUGUCUGCGCCUUGGAGCUGCUGGACUCUAAGUUUGCAGAUACAGAGGUGCGCAGAAUGGCUGUGAACUGGAUAGAGAGCAGCAGUGAUGAUGAACUGGCCGACUAUCUUCCACAGCUGGUGCAGGCCUUAAAAUUUGAGUGUCACUUGAAGAAUGCCUUGUUAAUGUGUCUGCUGUCUCGAGCACAAGGAAAUGUUAAUAUUGCUCAUUACCUCUACUGGCUCCUGAAGAACGCGGUGCAAGACCCACCCUUCGGCUCUUGCUACGAGAACGCACUGGGGGCCCUGCUGUGCCUGUGUGGCCGAGGGCUGAGGGACGAGCUGGACAAGCAGACGCAGCUGGUGCAGCUCCUGGCCGUGGUGGCAGAGAAGGUGCGACAGGCCAGCGGGUCUGCGAGACAGGCUGUUCUUCAGGAAGGCAUGGAAAGAGUACAGUUGUUUUUCUCAAGGAAUAAGUGCCGCCUGCCCCUCAGUCCCAGCCUGGUGGCUAAGGAGCUCAACAUCAAGGCGUGCUCUUUCUUCAACUCUAAUGCAGUCCCUCUGAAAAUAGCCCUCACGAACAAUGAUCCUCUAGGAGAAGAAAUCAAUGUAAUGUUUAAGGUAGGCGAAGACCUCCGGCAGGACAUGCUGGCCCUCCAGAUGAUCAAGAUCAUGGACAAGAUAUGGCUGCAGGAGGGCCUGGAUCUCCGGAUCGUUAACUUUAAAUGCAUUUCCACCGGCAAAGACCGAGGCAUGGUGGAGCUGGUCCCGGCGUCGGACACGCUGCGGAAGAUCCAGGUGGAGUAUGGGGUGACGGGGUCCUUCAAGGACAAGCCCCUGGCGGAGUGGCUGCGCAAGUACAACCCUUCAGAGGAAGAGUACGAGAAGGCAUCAGAAAAUUUCAUCUACUCGUGCGCCGGCUGCUGUGUGGCGACGUAUGUGCUGGGGAUCUGUGACCGUCAUAAUGACAACAUCAUGCUCCGCUCCACGGGACACAUGUUCCACAUUGAUUUUGGGAAGUUUCUGGGACACGCACAAAUGUUUGGAAGUUUUAAAAGAGACCGCGCCCCCUUCGUGCUGACCUCCGACAUGGCCUAUGUCAUCAAUGGUGGAGAGAAGCCCACCAGUCGCUUCCAGCUCUUUGUGGAUCUCUGUUCACAGGCCUACAACCUGAUCCGCAAGCAUGCCAGCCUAUUUCUCAACCUGCUCUCUUUGAUGACAUCAUCUGGAUUGCCAGAGCUGACUGGUGCUCAGGACCUGAAAUAUGUCUAUGAUGCUUUGCAGCCUCAAACUACAGAUGCCGAGGCCACUGUCUUCUUUACUAGGUUGAUCGAGUCGAGCCUGGGAAGUGUGGCCACCAAGUUUAACUUCUUCAUUCACAACCUGGCGCAGCUGCGAUUCUCCGGCCUGCCGUCCACCGACGAGCCCAUCCUGUCUUUCUCACCCAAGACCUACACGCUGAAGCAGGAUGGCCGAGUCCGAGAAGCGUCCAUUUUCACUUUUCAGAAGAGAUACAACCCCGAGAAGCACUAUACCUAUGUGGUGAGGGUUCUUAGGGAAGCGCAGAGUGAAGCCCAAUUUGUCUUCCGCACCUUUGACGAGUUCCAGGAGCUGCACAACAAGCUGACCAUCCUCUUUCCACUGUGGAAGCUGCCAGGGUUUCCCAACAAGAUGGUGCUUGGAAGGACCCAUAUAAAGGACGUAGCAGCCAAAAGAAAAGUGGAGCUGAACAGCUAUGUUCACAGCCUGAUGAGAUGCUCCACAGACGUGUCAGAGUGUGAUCUGGUUUACACAUUCUUCCACCCAAUGGCGCGGGAUGACAAGGCUGAGGGAUUUGAGGCCGCAUCCAAACCUUCCGAAGUGACUCCAGCGAGCCCAACUUCAGGAAAAGUUGAAGGAGAAGUGAAAUUAUCCAUCUCCUACAGGAACAGCACCCUCUUCAUUAUGGUCAUGCACAUUAAAGACCUGGUGACAGAUGAUGGAACGGAUCCAAACCCAUAUGUGAAAACGUACUUGCUUCCAGACACACAUAAAACAUCCAAACGUAAAACGAAGAUUUCAAGGAAAACGAGAAACCCCACAUUCAAUGAAAUGCUGGUGUACAACGGCUACAGCAAGGACACGCUGAAGCAGAGGGAGCUGCAGCUGAGCGUGCUGAGCGCCGAGUCGCUGAGAGAGAAUUACUUCCUUGGAGGCAUCACUUUGACCUUGAAAGACUUCGACUUGAGCAAAGAGACUGUUCAUUGGUACAAGCUCACUGCUGUCCCUUACUUUUAGAUUCAACACACACAGUUCUCCACAGAUGUGACACACUUAUUUAUAUAUACAGUAUAUAUGUAUAGGGAACCUUUCUGACUUCUCAUUUAGAACAUUUCUUUAUUUUAAAAACACAAUCCAUUAUUCCUAAGAUAUGGAAACCUGUAAUGUUUUUGUAAAUUUAACAUUAGAGGACCAAACUGCAUUAGAAAAAGAUAGACAUAUAUAUUGUUAAGAUGUUCAUUUUUAUGUUACUUUUUCUAUUAAACACUUUAUUACAGAUCCCCCAAGACCUCAGUAUUGAUCGCUGAGCCCUUAUGAAGCUCCUAAGCUUUGUUGUGUUAUUGCUGUCCAUUAUGUCUUUCCUGUCUUGAAGCAGGAGAGCAGUUCUGCAUGUGGUGAGCCUGAAUGUCCAGAGUAAUGUGCCAAACUAAUUAGGACACUUUUGGAAAGUAACAGUGUGCCUUGUUGAAAUUGCUACAAUUAUAAGUACUGUACCCAUCUGGGACUAGAUAUAUAUUUUUAAAGUAGAGUUAUCCCAAUAAAACACUUAUUAUAUAAAAUAGUUUCAAAUGUAUUAUAUCUACUGGAUGAAUUGCAAAAAUCUGGGCUUCCUAAUAUUCAUAUCAUGUAUUAUUCAUACACCUGGAUUGUUUUUUCAUUCACUAUUCUAUUAAGUUUUCUUACACUCAUGGUAAUCUCUGUGAUUGUCAUUGCUGAAUUUUAGCAAGAAAAGGAUGAUAGCACUGACCACUGGUGCGAGAUAAGGUGUACACGAUUCCUGUGUUUAGGGCUACAGAGUGCCUGGGGUUACUGGCUGGCUAGUGCAGUGCUCAGUCAGUGUGUCAGAGGAAUUAUGUUUUGGCAUAGUAUAACAUUUUAGUUCAUGUGAAAUGAAAGGUCUGAAUAUAGUAGAGAUUGUACAUUAAAAAGUAAAGGAAUUACACUUAAAUAAACUUUUUCAUAUGCA